AUGGAUGACGACACGGCGUCAGAAACUAGCGACUUCUCAGCGGAAGAGGAGCUGAUAUGGACGUGCGAAGACCUAGAAAAGGAGCUGGAGAUCCUGGUGGGCCUGGAUGAGCUGAAGUCUCACCUGCGGCGAUGGUGCAAGGGACUGCUCCUAGAUCGACAACGCCAGAAGCUAGGUCUGUCCAAAAGCGAAGACAAAUCUGAUGCCUCGUCUGCACUGCUAAAUGCUUCCGCAUGCGCGAGGGUGGAGAAGCGGAUGGCUCCAAACAUGGUCUUCCUUGGAAAUCCUGGCACCGGGAAAACUAGUGUGGCGAGGAUGCUGGCCAGAAUCCUGCACAAGCUGGGGGUGCUCCGCCGGAACGUGGUGGUCGAGGUGCAGCGGACGGAUCUCGUGGCGCAAUACAUCGGACAGACGGGGCCAAAAACUAGAGAAGCCCUGGAAAAAGCGCAGGGGGGAGUGCUCUUCGUGGACGAAGCUUACCGCCUUGUAGUCCCCGGCGUGACAAACGACUUUGGAACAGAAGCGCUGGAAGAGAUUAUGAGCCAAAUGGACAGCGGCAAGCUCAUGUGCAUCUUCGCAGGUUACGAAGCGCCAAUGAAGAAAGUGCUGGACUGCAACGAAGGGUUCCGCAGGCGUUUUGGGAAGCAAUUCGUCUUCAAGGACUACACACCCGCCCAAAUUGCUGACAUCAUACUGAUCAAGAUGACGGGGCCGGAGACCGCCCGCUCCAUACCCGGCUUCGCGCUCGCGCCUGACUGCACGCGCGCGUGCCUGGAGCGGCUGAUCGACGAGCGGAUUCCGGUGGCGGAGCGGCGGCAGCGGAACGGCGGCCUGGCUAUGACGCUGCUGCAGGAAGCACGCGAGCGCCUGGACGAGCGCCUGGAUGUGCAGUGCGCGGACCUGGCCGUGUUGCUGACGUUGACACUGUCGGACUUUGAGGCCGCCGCUGACGGCAUGAUUCCGGUUGAGGCCGUUCCGGUGGCGGAACCAACAGCGGAUCCAAUGGACCUCAUGUGCCAACUGAGCCGCCACAUGGGCUCGGUGCUGAAUCAUGCGGCUGGCGUCAGGAGAACAGGGGCGGCGGAAGCGACAAAGCGAAGUCAUGAAGACGUCAUCGAGAUAGCCUUUCAAGCGCCCAGAGCAAGGAAUGUCCACGUCAGAGUUUCAGGUCACGUAGCAAACAGUGAGCGGCUCCUCGAGAAACUGGCCGGGGUGCGCUUUUUCACGUCUGACGUUCACAGCGGGUCGGGACUGAGCGGGUCUCAGCGGGUCUUCUGA